CCAGCAACUACUCCACACACACCAUGAGCCACUCACCCCCCUCUAACAACGGCGACCAUCUCGACGGCGCGACAGUCAUCGGGGCCAACGACCAGGGCUACGCCCUCGGCAAGCAGGCCUCGGGCUCGAGCUCGUCCAAGCCAUUCCUUCUCCCGCCCAGGCCUCAGCGCGGCGGCGUCCCCGAGGCAUUGCGCGCCGAGAACCUCCCCUUUGUCGACACGUCGUCAUACCUCGAUGAGAAGCGCGACCUCCUCGUCAAGAUCGGCAAGGGCGGCGUCGCGCAGGCGCUGCACGACCUCAACACCGAGCUCAAGAACAAGGGCCACACCGGCAUCAUCUCGGACAAGCGGCCCCACCAGGUCGUCGGGCGCGAGGUCAACCCCGGCUCGUUCGGCCUGUACGAGUACGCCUCGGGCCCCAAGCUCAUCCUCGAGCCUGGCCGCUACCCCGGUCUUCCGCUCGCCAACUGGAUCGGAUGCACCUGGCACGGCACGUACGACAUUGCCACCAACUUCCCGCCCCUCAAGACGGAGGGCAGCCUGAUGGUGCCGGACCCGUACCUCUCCAAGCUGGGUCUCACCGUCGUCCAGGUGUCGCAGAACCAGGCCGCAGUGUGUGUCGACCCACAGAUGCGCGUGUUCGUCGUGUCGGACGGAGGCUUCGUCGCCAUGGCCACGAGCGGUGCAUACCGUGUCCUCGGCCUCGUCGACCAGACCCAUCUCCGCGACGAGGUCAAGGACCGCUACUCGGGCCAGGUGCUCGGCCACACCCAGGUCGUCAAGUUCCCCGGCAAGGGCGACCAGUACGUCGCGGCCACGUUUGUCGACAUCCCUGCCAACAACGUCGCCAUCCUCCAGCGCAAGGAGGAGCUGUUCGAGCUCGGCGCCGGCCAGCACUACCUCACGGCAGCAAACGUCACCAUCCGCGGCUUCUUCACCAAGGGCGAGGUCCAGCAGGAGCUCCAGUGCGACAACCUGUACACGCGCGACCAGGUGCCCGUCUGGCUUCGCAUCUACCUCCGCUACCAGCUUAUCCACCCCCUCCAGCUCGCGCGCCACGGCUACCCUACGCCGUUCGACGCGCUGCAGGACAAGACUCGCUCGAUCCUCACCCAGAUUGUCGCGCACCUCGACUACUCGGCCAUGGCGCGCACGCGUAACGCUGCCCCCGACGUCGAGAUCGCCGAGCACGCCGAGGACGACUCUGCCGGCGCGAUCUUCGUCUCCGCCGUCCGCAUGCAGGCGAUCGACGAGCUCAAGGUCGUUGCGUGGGAGUACGGCAUCAAGCUCGAGGACCUGGCCAUCAUCGACCGCCGCUUCAAGGGCGAGAUUGCCGCCAAGCUCGACAGUCUGACCACCCGCGCGCUCGAGGCACAGGUCGAGUCGGCCAACCUCGACCGCGAGAACGCCAACAAGCGGAGGAAGCAGGAGGGUGACGCCAAGGUCCUCGAGCUGCAGAACGCCAUGAAGCGCGCGACGGCCGAGACGGACGCGCAGAACACGAUCCAGGCUGCGCGCGCCCGCGCCGAAAGCGCGCUCAUCCAGGCCGAGGCCGACGCCAAGGCCAUCAAGGUGCGCGCCGAGGCGCAGGCGCAGGCUGUGCGCGUGCAGGCCUCGAUCGACGCCGAGAUCCGCGACGAGUUUGCCCGCUCCCUCGCCCAGAGCCGCGUCGAGGUCGAACGUACCCGCGCCUAUGGUUCACGCACGGUGUUUGCGCCGCUCGAGGCAUACCAGUCCGGCGGCAUGGUCGGCAUGGGCAUGGUCGCCGGCUCGCGUCUCAACCAGAUCGAGGAGGCCCCCCCCGCCACCCGCGUCAACGGUGCCAAGUAGGCCACCGCCGCGUAUACAUUGUGACACCCCUAGACCCGCCACCUAAGUCUUUAAUCUCAGCCGUAAUUGCCUCCCUCGACUGUGUAAUGUACAAUAGUAACGUAGCCGUGAAUGAAGUCUAGUCUUGCA